AUGGAUAACGAGGACUUGUAUGAUGAGUUUGGCAAUUUCAUCGGCGGCUCUAAUGACUCCGGGUCUGAAUCUUUCUCAGGUUCGGAUCUUGAGCCAGUUGACGAAGAGGUCUCUGACGAAGAGGCACCUCAUGAUGUUGAUGUUGAACAAAACACAGAUAGUGCCUUGGUCACUACUGAUGAUCUUUCACAGCGCUUUUCAGGGGCCGAAACCAUCAUAGUCGAGCCCAAGCAAGUACCUGAGAAUCAGCCUGUGCUCAGAGCAGAUCUGCAAAAGAGAAGUCAUAUUGAAUUUACAGCUGAGAGUGCAGAGGACCUACCGGAAACGACAUACUCUCGAGAAUACAUGUUAAAACUUGCCAACGAUUUACCUGAAAGAAUUCGUAAUGUUGCUUUUGUGGGGAAUCUUCAUACUGGUAAGACUAGUUUGAUUGACUCCUUAGUCCUUGAAACCCAUCCUACGGUGACUUUAUCAAAGAAAGACAUGCAAGAGCUUAAACCAUUGCGCUAUCUCGAUACACAUGUGCUAGAACGAGGCAGGGGAAUGUCCAUAUUUGCACAUCCCAUGACUCUUUUGUUGCCUGAUCAUCGCGACAGAUCCCUCGUGCUCAAUAUUUUGGACUGUCCGGGCCAUCCUGAAUUCGACGAUGAAACACAGCUGAUGCUAGAGGUGGCUGAUGGAGCAGUUUUGGUACUCGAUGCGGUGGAAGGUUUAUCAAAGCGAGACAAGAGACUUAUCACGUCCAUUAUGAAAAGAAAUAUUCCCUUCACCGUGGUUCUUAACAAGAUUGACCGUCUCAUAAUCGAGCUGCGUCUACCAGUUUCUGAUUUCUACCUUAAACUUCGUCACAUUAUCAACGAUAUCAAUGCAACUAUCCAUCACAAUGAAUUCGCACUGCUAUAUAAGCACAAGAAGCUUAUAAGUCCACUUGAGGGCAAUGUUGUAUUCGCAUCAAACGUCUUUCAGGUGUCCUUCUCUCUUAAAUCGUUCGGUGAUAUAUACGCUCGUCAGCUUGAAGAUGGCAAGAAGCCAUCAAUCCAGUUCGAAAGUCUUCUAUGGGGUGAUUUGUACUACAAUGAAAGCACUCGAAAGUUCGCUAAGGACAAGAAACUCGGAAAGCGCACCUUUGAUCACUUUGUCCUGGAACCUCUUUACAAGUUGGUAACAUAUACGAUUACAACAGACAACAAAAAUCUGAAGAACCUCUCUAAAAUUUUAUGGGAAAAUUUCAGAAUAACACUCAAGAAGGAUCAACUCGAAAAGGAUCCCCAGGAGUUGUUGAGGGUGACAUUGUCUCGAAUCUUUGGAUUUACGAGGGAUCUAGUGAUGCUGAUAUCGACCAGUGUACCUUCACCAGAGAAAGCAGAUUCGAACAAUGAAAACUUACCUGAUCCGGCUCAUAACGAAGUCGUUGCAACUGUCAUCAAGCAUGCUUUCUCUUCUGAUUAUGGCACUCGAUUCGCUUUGGUGAAGGUUCGCAAAGGUGCUAUCAGCACUGGUGACUCUGUAAAGCUAUUGUUUAAUAAAGAAGGUGAUAGCAAAAAUGUUAGAGUUGGAGCAAUACGAAUUCCAGCGGGAAGAUACACUUUUACGGCUCAAAGAGUUAGUGCUGGAAUGUUUGCCUACAUCGAAGGCUUCGAGUCCAUCAAUGUUUCAACGGCCACGAUUUACAGUAAGAAUGUACCUUCAAACAAAAUGGUGCCUUUACAUAGGGUAUCAUCGGGUCAGCGGUCCGUGUUCAAGGUAGCUUUGGAGCCGGAAUACCCUCACGAAUUACCAAGACUUGUUGAGAGUCUUCGUAAACUCAGCCUCACUUAUAUAUCCUCCGUCAUUAAGCUUGAGGAAAGUGGGGAGCAUGUCUUGCUAGCUCCUGGUGAAUUAUACCUAGAUAUUUUCCUUCACGAUUUACGCAACUCCUUUGACGAGUACCUAUCCAUUAAGGUUAGUGAUCCAAUGGUUAAGUUCGGCGAGACAAGUUCAGAGAUGUCUGCAACCAAGUUACCAUCUUACGGGCCCUCCAAGAAGACUCACAUUUCAAUUACAGCAGAACCAUUCGACGACAGGAACUUUAGUAAGGCUGUCACGAAAGGCACACUCGAUGUUUGUCAGCCCCUGCGCAACCUUUCAAAGACCCUUCGAAAUGAGUUCGGUUGGGAUGCUUUGGCGGCAAGGUCGUUAUGGGUACUCGGGCCCAGCGAUAUGCAGCAACCCUCUACACUUCUCGAUGACACAAUCAGUAAUGAGACUGAUAAAAAUACUCUCCUCUCUUUCAAAGAGCCUAUUUUGAAGGGCUUCAAGCUAGGUGUCGAGGAGGGGCCAUUGUGCGGCGAGCCUGUUCGAGACACCAAGUUCAAAAUCCUUGAUGCAGUGCUUUCAUCCUCGAAUAUCAGCAGCCAUGGAGCUCAAAUUACAACGAUGACACGUAAUGCGGUACACACUGGCUUACUCACAGCUGCUCCUCGUUUGCUUGAACCUGUUUAUCGUGUCUCCAUUGUCUGCACGAUGAGAAGUGUCCAAGCAGCACAGAUCAUUCUAGACAAGAGGCGUGGAUGGAUCGUUUCUGAGAUACCGAUACCCGCAAGUCCGUUGUUUGAGCUCGAGGGUUUUGUCCCAGUCAUAGACUCAGUUGGUUUAGAUACAGACAUGAGGCUACACACACAAGGUCAAGCAAUGUGCUUAGUGGAGUUUGAUCGCUGGAAAGUGGUUCCAGGAGACCCUCUCGAUAAAAACGUGCCAAUGCCCUCACUCAGACCGGUUCCGCACGAGUCGAUGGCAAGAGAUUUUGUCAUGAAGACUAGACGGAGAAAAGGCUUGAGUGAUGAACCUAAUUUGCAAAAGUAUAUUGACCCAAGCCUUUUCUCUCGCUUGCGAGAAAGUGGUCUCAUUGAUUAA